AUGCAUCCUCUGAUUCUCCUAUCCUUGGCCGUGGGCUUCUCCCAGGCCUACACUGUUACCAAUGUAGAUCAUUUCAUGUUAAAAAACAUUGACCCUCUGGUGAUUCCCGGCAAAUAUGCCAGUCAUAUGCAUGAUUUCUUUGGCUCAGAUGCUAUCAAUGUGAGCACCAAGACCUCUUCUGAGUUGCAGGGCGGCUGCACCACAGCCGAAAACCUCGAUGAUUUCUCAGCAUAUUGGGUCCCGACACUCUACCAUGUGAAUGGAUCGAAUUAUACCGCAAUCAAGCCUUACCGAUUCAGUGCCUACUACAAGGAGCUCGAUAGCGCCGAAAUCCCAAUCCCUCAAAAUCUCAAGCUCCUAGCGGGAAACGUGAGCGCAACGUCCCCUCAUCAGCUCGACAAGAACGCCGGUGUCCAGUGGUUCUGUGACGGCGGGGAAGAAGAAGGGGACUCGGAAGACGACACGGACGAUGCAGCGUUCCCCACCAGGACGUGCAAGGAGCAUCUGCAAGGACUCCUACUCUUCCCGGACUGCGCGAGCCCAAAAACUCUGGAGUACGCUUAUUCGGCCAAUCCGAACUGGGUGGGUGGCUAUGGCGAAAACCGCUGCCCGAUUGGCAUGUAUCGGAUUCCUCGUUUGCGCUUCUCUAUCCGUUAUGACCUGCGGUCCAUUCUUCCGGAUGGUUGGUCUGGAGCUCCUCCAGUGAAGCUUUCUUGUAGUGGCUCGUAUUGUAUGCAUGGAGACUUUAUCAACGGGUGGCUUCCAGAGGCUGCGGAGAAUAUGGUGAAGGACGCGCCGUCUAAUGAUCGCGAGUACUUCCGUGUCCAUGGUCCUAAAGCCGAGGACGAUCAGGGCUCUGAGUUUGACGCCCAGGACGCUGACCCCAGCCACGGCACAAGUGACUACUGGACGAGUGUGAGGAUGAUGGGCGCGAGUCGGAAUUCGACGAUGUUGAGAAGACAUUCAGCAUAUCAUCGUUUGAGGUUGUAA